AUGCCGCCUGGGACUGUUGCUGCCGCUGCCUGCGGGGAUCGCAGAGCUGCCCCAAACCUGACGUGGGGCCAGGAUGAUUUGGAGGAUGCAAUUCCAGAACAUAAUGAAUUCCUUUUUCCGGAAUAUGAAAUUCUGAUAGAACCUGAGGAACCAGAAUCUCCUUCCGAUACCAGCAUCGAUGGUGACGAUGAAGCAGCAGCUGCAGAUGCAUCAGAGAACUCAGGCGAACAAGAGGAACUCCAAGAUACGGGCAGUGCGAGUAAGAAAUGACUGCUAUCUUUAGAUGAAGAGACAUUGGAAGCAAUGGCAAAACAUGAGACUGAAGACGACAAGAUCUUCCAGAAGUUUAAGGAGCGAAUAGCUGCAGAACCAGAGCAGAUUAUUAGAUACUGCAGGGGAGGAGAAGGCCCCAUCUGGGUGUCAGGUGAAAAUAUUCCUGAAGAAAAAGAUAUCCCAAACUGCUCAUGUGGUGCCAAAAGGAUAUUUGAAUUCCAGAUCAUGCCCCAGCUCCUGAACCACCUGCAGGUGGACAGCCUUGGUGAGAGCAUCGACUGGGGCACGCUGGCCGUGUACACGUGUGCUGAGAGCUGCAGCGAGGGCGGCGGGUACGCCGAGGAGUUCAUAUGGAAACAGGACUUCUCUGCAGGCUCCAUCGAACUUCCAUCCUGCCGCUGA